AUGGAGACGGCACAGGCAGACCAUUUGGGGGUGCGCAACGGGCUGGUCACUGAGUGCAGCUACGACUGGCUGCGGUUCCAGGACGAGGAGCAGGAGCGGCUUGUGUCGGCGCAGGCGCGGUCGCGCCAGCCGUCAUUCCUGUCAAUGGACACCUGGUCGCGCAAGUCGCUGAUCGGGCGGCUAUGGAACGACGGGAUGGGGCUUCUGCACGGCGCGCGGGAGCGGGCGACGCCGCGGUACGAGAUCGAGUACUCCGUGUUCCAGCCGGCGUCUGCCGGGGCCGCGGCGGAGGGCGCGGACGAGGCAUGCGGACUGGAGCAUUUCCGGUGCGUGGUGUCGGAGUGCGUGGAGGCGAUCAAGGACGCGGGGAUCGACCUGCAGCGGAUCGCGAGCGGGUCGAGCGGGUCGUACUUUGCAUACGGGACGGACGGGAGCGUACUGGGGGUAUUUAAGCCCAAGGACGAGGAGCCGUACGGCCCGCUGUCGCCCAAAUGGACCAAGUGGCUCCACCGGACGUUCUUCCCGUGCUUCUUCGGGCGGUCGUGCCUGAUCCCGAACCUGGGCUACCUGUGCGAGGCAGCUGCGUCGCUGCUGGAUCGGCGGCUGCGCACGAACCUGGUGCCGUGGACGGACACGGUGGUGCUGGAGUCGAUGAACUUCUACGACUCGCGCGACAAGUGGUUCUGCGGCUGGAACCGCCGCGCGCAGCGCAAAAUCGGCUCCUUCCAGCUGUUUCUCGACGGCUACGUCGGCGCAGACGUCUUCCUGCAGCGCUACCCGCUGCCGGGCACGUACACUUACUCGCUGUCAGCGGCCCGCUCGGGCGCCGACGGUGGAGGUUUCUCGUGGACCGACUCCACGCUGCACCAGCUGCGCGUGCAGCUGGAGAAGCUCAUUAUCCUGGAUUACAUCAUGCGGAACACGGACCGCGGCCUGGACAACUGGAUGAUCAAGGUCUGCGAGGUUGACGGCGCCUGGCAGCUACGCCUGGCGGCUAUCGACAACGGCCUCUCGUUCCCCUGGAAACACCCCGACGAGUGGCGCUCCUACCCCUACGGCUGGCUAUACCUGCCCCUGGACAUCAUCAACCAGCCUUUCACGCGCGAGACGCGCGAGCACUUCCUGCCCAUCCUGCGCAGCGUGGGCUGGUGGGAAACAUCCUACCUUGAGUUCCACGGGCUCUUCAGUCGCGACACCGAGUUCAAGGAGCGCAUGUGGAAGAAACAGUGGGCAGUGCUCAAAGGCCAGGCCUUCAACGUCCUCGAGACGCUCAAGCAUCCCGGCCAGGGGCCACUGGAGCUGGUGCGCCGCACCCGCUGCCUUGUGUUCGACGACAUCUUGCACGUGCCGGCGCAGAACCCGCCGCUGAACAUCAUCCGCUCCGCCAUCAAUGACGAGCUGCCGGUUGCCUCAUCGCCCAUGAUCCUCUCAUCCGUCCCCGAGGGGAGUAUUCUGGUCGACUUUGCGCAGUUUCCGGAUCGUAAGGCCCAGGAUGACCAUGAACGCCAGUCGAUUCAAGAAGACCCGUCGCAGGUCCUACUGCCCGACAUGCCAAGCAGCCGGUACAUAGCCACUAAGCAGGUCAUUGUUGAGCGGUUGCAGCUAUGCAACAGCAAACCACCGACCUUUACAUGGUGCUGA